GGGGAGAGAGAGAGUGUGUGUGAAAGAGACAAAUAGAUAUACUGGAAAAGAGGAAGUGUUGGCUGUUGGAUGAUAGUUGUAGUACAAGGGUGUGCCUCUUUGAGUCUGAAACAUACACACACACACACACACGCACACACGCACACACAUACACACUGCAUUUCCCCAUGCGCAGUAAGACACAGUCACCAUAUAUAUACGCACGUCCGAAGCCACGAGGUAAAGACCGACACAGACAGCCUGAGAGACAGAACAAGCGAAAGAGAGAGACAGAGAGAAACUGAGAGAGAGAGCGAUAGAGAGAGAGAGAGAAAGAGAAGGACGGACAACUACAGAAAUCAAGAGUCUGGUAGCUCAGUGCUCAGUACCUCAUUCUGACCUGCCGGUGACACCAACGCUGCAGCCUCUGCGUGGCGAAGGAACCGGCUUCCAAUUAACAGCGGAUGGUGAUAUAUAUAUAUAACGGCGCACAGGCGAGGACAUCAGCCAAAAUUGACCACGCUUUAGAGGACUCUUUGUUUAUUUUGGUUAUUUGUUUGUUUCUUUGUUUAUUUUAUUGAAACUUUUUUGUAAGUUGUACUUUUUUGUAAGUUGUAGUUUUGGUGAUUGGUUUGGCUGGUCGGGCUACUCCAGGUAGAACCUUCUUUUUUGUUAGUAUAUUUACCUGUUUUUUGUUUUGAUUGUUUGGGUGACUCGGUUUUUGGUAGUGACAGGACACAUGGAUUUUUUCACCGCUUGCAAGGACGUUUUUCAGUUUACCAAUCAGUUCACUGUCGCAACCUGAGGGUACAGACUCCCAUCAAGUCAACUCGAAACAUUGACAUUCGCGUGAACAUUAACAAGGACACAUUCUUUCAAAGGCCGCCGAAAUUUUUUCCACAUCUUCCAUCCUUGACCCGACCUCUGAGACUCCAGUUCUUUGAUCAAUCGACAACCUUGACCCUUGACCUUUGACCCUUGGUCGCACCAACCGGGCUGAGAAAUCAAGACAUGGCAGACGGUGGCAUCAUGAUGCAGGACUACCCGCAGGUGUUUGUGGUGGACCGCCAGGCGCCCUGCGCCCCCGUGCCCACUCUGGUGUACCCGAAGCGGGCAGGCUGGCAUCAGAGGCUCCUGUUCGCGCUGGUUGUCCUGGCCCUGCUGGGGGUCUUCAUUGAGGCCUGCUGUAUCUACAACCUCCACAAGUCUCUCUCUCUCUCUCUCUCUCUCUCUUUCACUCUUCUUCCCUCCAUGCACGGUUGCUUUACUGUCAUACAUCAGAAUAAGGGAUCAGAAACCAAUGACAUUUCCCCAGUGACCAAAAAGUCAGAGAGAAAGCCUGCUGCUCUACUGAAAGGCCCCCAAGACCGUCGAACGGAUAACGGAGUUCUCCUGUGGACAGACAUGGGGGAAGCCUUUCUGAAUGGCAUGGACUACAAGAACGGGAUGCUGACCGUGAGACAAGAGGGCUACUACUUUCUGUACUCCAAGGUCUCCAUCAAAGAAUUCCAGUGCAAAGCGAUAAAGCACAAGAUGACGAAGAAGACCGAGAGAUACUCGAAGCCCAUAGACCUGAUGGAGUCAUUUAGGUACCGCUGUCCCAAAACCCAGAGGGCAGAGAAAUCAGAAGAGAAAAGCCAAACAGAUGUGACCAACAGCUACCUGGGCGGGGCCUUCUACCUGUCUGCAAACGACUCCAUCUACGUGACGCUGGAGAAAGUGGAACACAUUAGACCUGGGAAUACAGAAAACUUCUUUGGGGCUUUCAUGCUGUAGGGCCAGCUGUGGACCGAGGUGGCAUCAGAAUCCCAAAUCUGGGCCGGAACCGCAGGCUGUUUGGGGUGGGAUGGGUUGGGGGAGUGGGGGGUAGAGGGGGCGGGGGGUUGUGGUUGGCUGGAGACACACUGCCGUGAUUCAAAACUGUUAAACAGUAAUGCGUUUUUUAGGUUUCUGUUGGGCACACAGGGUCUCAGAGGAAAGAAAGUAAGAACUGGACAAAUUGUUAGCUGUAAAGUUUGUCAAUGUUUUGUGUUUCAAAGAAUAAUUGUUUAAUUAUCUUCAGUUGUGGUAAGAGUAUUUGUCUCUUCAGUGUGUGUG